ACCAUUCUGCAGCAUCUUAUCUUGAUCUCGGUCUGUCUUGGUCUUCGAAAGGAUCUUUUCUAUUGUCUUUAUCAUUUCCCAUGCCAAGAUUCAGAUGCCAUUCCCAACCUCAUCUGAGCUAAUUUUCUCAGAGCAAGCAAAUCACAACUUCUCGAGAACGCUUGGCGAUCUCAAACGCUCAGCUCUCUCUAUCCAGAACCGCCUGCGCUCCAUUGAGCAUGAUGCAGCAUUUGCCCAGCGAGUGGCAGAUGCGUAUAACAGGCCAUUGAUCGCAAAUGAACGGUGCGGAAGUUGGUACAUUGAUCCCAAGAUCAAGGGCGGAAGUGCAUAUUUCAAGAGCACAGAUGGUCAUACUGGAGUGUGGAAGUUCAGCUCCCGCAGGUUGAAUAUGCAUUUGCUGGAAACAAUUGGCCAGCAUGAUGGAUGCAUUAUCAUAGAUUCCACGAGGCGAGGCAAGCGAAUGCCAGAUGCUUUGAGCAAGACCAUACCUAUUUGGUGCAGUGUUCUCAAUCGAUAUCUUUUUCCUGCCGAACCUUCCUAUCACGAGCUCUAUACCCCGCCACAGGUUGUUUCUAAGUCAGAGCACGCUCAGAUAUCUGCUCUAUUGCCAUCUUUUGUCCUCGCGCUCCAAUCCCUCAAGCUACCGUUGGAAAAUCUCAGAAACCACAUUUCGAAGCCCCUCCGUCCAAUUUGGGUGACUCCAGAAUCUGAUCUUACCCCAUCAUCCGCUAUAUUUGGAGAUUUCCAUCCAUUCAUAUGCUGUACAGUUUCACGCAGAGUAGUAGGCGGGGAAGUCAGCGGAGGAGGAUACAUUCAAGGAGCUGGGGAUGAUACAGAGAAUUGGGUCCAUGGUCUUACUCCUCCCGUUUUCUGGGCCAAUAAGGAACAUCUACUCAGCACCUCGGAGAGCGACUUGCCAGAGCUGAUUGAGGAGCUGGUCUCGCAGUCUUUGUGUAUGAGUGCAACUACAGCCCCAGGAUUGAGACUUGUGCUACCCACUUCUGCUCUGUUCGUUGGUACAAUAUCUGAUAGUUUGGGCAUGGAUACAGCACCCAACGCCUGUUCCAUCACACUACAACCAAAAGUCACAGAUCAAAGCACUUGGCAGACGUCUCCAACACGAAUGGAAGCUGGCCUUGGUUCCAGCAAGCUGGGCAGUAGAAGUCUCCGACUAGCUCUGCCUGUACUUAUGACGUUCGUGGCAGAUUCCAUGAAAAGGAGCAAAACGGCCAGUCCAAAACGAAUAGUAAUUGCAUGCGAAAGCGGCAAAGAUCUCGCGAUCGGAGCAGCACUUGCGAUACUGUGCCUCUUCUUCGAUGGCCAAGGCAGCCUAGUUGAGGGCCAAGAAGGAACGGCUUCAAUUGACAAGGCUUUCAUACGAAGUCGUCUGGGGUGGAUCUCAACAUCUAUGCCAGAUACGAAUCCGAGUCGUGCCACCUUACAGAGCGUCAACAGCUUCCUGAUGGGCCGGCCCAGGUAACAGACUUACGAACGGAGUCCUCAACGUUAUCAAAUGCUCCUGAGCAAUGCAGGUGGACUCGUCUCUUGCGUCGUCGGUACACAUCAGCUUACGAUAGGUUAUAUGUUUGUAUGAUGUUCUGUUCGAAUAAAUAAUUGCGCUACCCCUUCUGCCCAUUUCCUUUGUUGGUUAAGCAGCACUGGGUCCCAAGAAUGAAGGCGUCAGUGAAGUCACGUAUUUCAAAUACCAGAUGGGCCGCAUCGCGUAAUAAUCUGAUUUGCUGUACUAACUUUUCCUUUCUUUCCUCCUGAUGAGUGCCAAUUUCAAAGCCUGGUCUUCAGGUCGAUCUUUCAAGCACUCCCAUCUCGUGUUCUCUAGAAUCAUGAUUUAUGAUCCAAUCAUCAGUCUGAACAAUCUACCAGUAUCUAUUCG